AUGAACGACAAUUCCGUAGAUCCGGUAAGGCCACAGACCGGAUCUUCCAUUGGACAGAAGUUUAAGGGCAUCGACAGGGAAUUGACUCAGUGUCAGCGGCGGAGAAUCGUGGACAGGAUUAAAGAUCUCAACCAGUCGACGGCAGAAGGGAGUUUUAGUCUAGCGCCAAGAUCGUCUUCUCAUGACUCGAUUCACACCUUGCUCAGAAGACAGGAGUCUACUGAGAACAUCAUCAAAGACAUCCCCCGUGAGAUCAAAUGCGCACAAUCAGACCGAAGCGACGUUGCAGAAAUCGAGGAGCUAACGCGAGAACUUCAGACACAAGCAGCGUUGAAACAAACGAGUCAGACGAGUCAGACAACGCAGAAUCGAGAACAAAACGCGAAUUUGAGCUUGAGCUCGCAGCUAACACCGAGAUCAACUCCUAGAUCCCAGGCGACUUUUUCGACUGGUCUUCGUCAGAAUGGAUAUUUGAACUCUAGCUUUAGGAGAUCGACGGCUAGAUCUCAGAGCUUCAGAUCAAGGCCUUUUUCUGCUGGAAACAAAGAUCCUCUCCGCGCCACUGCUGACAGCAUUUUCACGCGCCAGAGACCGUCAAACGUCACUGGGUCUCCAGGAGUUUUGGGAUUGACCAAGAGUACCAAGCUUCUGCAGCAGUACCAAGGACCUUCGAGAAAGUCAACCGUGGGAUCGGGAACCACUUCUGGUUCAACUACAAGUUCAACCACGAGCUCGGUAAUUAUGACGCCACGUGGCGAGGUCACUGAUGGCUCGACUGGAGCUCGACCUGUCACUACUGAUCCGGAAACGAGACAGACGAAAGCGCGAAAGCUGCCAAAUCGCUCCCAAUCAUUCAGAACUGCCGAGGACAAUCAAUCCCGACAAGUCAAGUCAACCCGCGAAACUUCGAUCAUCUCGGGCUCGACAACGCGCAGCCAGAGUUAUCAAACGCUAGCGGAAAAUCAACAGUUCCGCUCCGAUGAAAUACAACAGAAAUGUUCCACUUGUCAACCCGGCACAUCAGCUGUUCCAACACGGGCUGUGUUACGCUCUCCAAAAAGUUCAUCGAGUCAAGGUGCUCGCCGUGCGCAAAGGCCGACAGGGUUUAUUCACGGGUCUGACCCGUCGAUUUCGAUUGGCACCUCAGAUGAAGAAGAUGCGGGGAUUAGACUGAACGGCUCAACCUUUAACGGAUUUCGUUAUCAUGCGGAUGAGCUGCAGAAGAGCACUGCUUCAUCUGCCACGAGCGCGGGCAUCUUGUCAGGGGAAGAGCCACCACCUUACCACGAAGUUGUCAGACAGAGAAAAGAGUACAGCGAAUCGAAGAUGAUUUCAUCCUCGGCGCACACGCCCCGGGCACGCCGCCACGUUUCGCCCGAUUCAAUCAACGCAAGUAAAAUUGCCACCCCAAGCCGGUUGAAUCUACGCUCUCGGCCGCAAGUUCGCCCCCAAGCCCCUGCUCCCGCCGCGGGCGUGCACCAGAUAACCAACAUUGACUCCGAUAAUUCUUCGAGAACGUCGAACAAAUCCUCGGCGCGUGAUACUAAAUUGGCCCAGCAGAGCAAGAGCAAAGAAAGUUUGGAAGUGAAAACAAGCGAGAUACCGUUCAUUGAUGGCAAUUUGGUCAACCAAUUUGAUGCUGUUCGAAUAAGAAACAACUCAAGUCAGAGACAUCUAAUGCGCGAGCAGAGAAAUAGCUACAUUACUGCAGUCAACAACUCCAAGCCAGACUACAGAAACGAAUUCAAAUUCUCACUGGAGUCAAUUGGAGACGCAGUGUCAGAAAGUAACACUGGUGAAAUCGCGAUUCCCCUGGGACGCGCUGGAAGUAUGGAUUCUGUUCUGACAACGACAAAACUCUCUACUCAUGACGGUAUUGGCGAAGCUCCACCUAGCCGCGCUCACUCAGUGGAUCGCGUUAACACGUCAGGUGCCCAUUAUCCGCGCAAAAGUUAUGUCGAAGCCACCGGUGUUCCAUCCAAGAGGAUCCGCGGGCGGCCCCGAUCUACAGGCAAAAAAGAUGAAGUCAACGGGCUAAAGAGAAGGCCAAGUCUCAACAAACAGAUGAGAAAGAAAUUCGAAAACGUUUUUGGUUCAAAACCCAAGCAGCAGAACAAUCUUGACUUGUUGACGAGGAUACGCGAGAUUCCGGAAACGAUUUCUGGAGAAGUCUUCAAUAUUAAGCGCAAAAGUUGGCAAGCAGCAUUUGUGAUGAUUCACGCCGGUUACCUGUACGUUUGGAAGUGUCCGGAAAUGUUCCGCAAUACUCGUCACAUGGUGUGCCAGACGAAUGAUCAAUUUGCUUCUACUGUGGAUAUGUCCGCCCUGCUUGUAGACGUUUUUCUUGGUGGCUGCUUGUGCGACGUAUCCUAUGGGACCAAGAGGCAUCAUGUCUUCAAAAUUAGCAUCGACGAGCGCAAUGAGCUGCUUAUUGAGGCUUCAACGAACGCCGAAAUGAAUGAGUGGGUACAGAAGAUUAGGGAGCUCGCUCAGAAGUUUCAAAAACCAGAGGAUCUGGAGGAAAUGAUCAAGAAGAAACUUGAUUCCGAUCCAAAGUACAAACGCGCUCCAAACACAAGACUCUCUAUGGGUCCUCGCUCGCCAUCUCAGCAUAAAAAACGCAACCGAAAAACGUUCGGAGUCCCCUUAGCCGAUUGCCCGAUGGAUGACGACCUUCCACUCGUUGUGACGACUUGUUGUCGUAUCAUUGAAUCUCAAAUCGAAACUGAUUGCCAUGGAAUUUAUAGAACUGCUGCCAACGAAAGAAUCAAAAACGAAGUCGAGGAAGAGAUGAAUAAAUGCAUGGACAACAUCCAUCACUGCGAAGCGUUGAAAGACGUCAAGAUCGCUGCUAGUGUCCUCAAGAGCUUCUUUCGACAACUUCCAGACCCAUUGUUUACGGAUUCACGCUUUUAUGCUUUUGUCGACGCCGUACCUGACGAUACCUCCCAAAAUAUUGACGAGGAAUCGCUACAACGCAUCCGCAGCUUGCUCAUCACUCUACCUCAAUAUCACUACAACACGGCCAAGUACUUUAUCACUCAUCUGAAGAAAGUGGCGGACAACCAGAAGUUCACUGAAAUGGACUGCCACAAUCUCUCAGUAGUUAUCACGCCUACACUUCUCCGCCGCAAAACGGAUCCUAACGAUUAUAAAAAACCACCUCUCGUAAAUGACGAAGCUAGAACACUCAAAAAACAAUACAGAUUAAUGAAUGUAAUAAUCGACAAAUCAAACUGGUUGUUUUCGUCUUCCACCACUGCACCACCUCCAGUCUCUCCGACGCAGCGUUCGCCCAGAAAAGACCCGCACAAGUCCGAUUUGACGGAACUUUUCUCCAACUUGCCAAAUAUGUCCGCCUCGGCCGCAUACAGCAUCUCAGACUCGGGUUCGGAAUCAGGAAGUUCAAAGACGAAGAAGAAAGGUCCCAGCUGGCUCAACAACUUUAGACGAAAUUCAAAAGAAAAUGUGAACAAAGAAGAUUCCCUCUCGGAAAACUUUGUUUCUUCUCCAAAGAAAAUCAAAGCCAUACCUGACCAAGUGCACAAAAGCCGCAAAGAAAGAUUGGAAGUAAAAACCCGAUCAUCGGCACAGAAAAACGCGAAGGGAACGAAGAGCCCGCGAAAGAAUGAAAUCAAAUCGCAAGUACCCGCUUCGCCAGCCAAGGAAGUCAAAAUCAAAAGAAGGCACACGGUGAACUCGCCCGGUUCUAGCUCUGGUGCACGCGUACCGCACGCAGCUGACGAGUUUACCUGUUAA